AUGUUAUUAAUGAAAAUAUUUUUACAAAAUUUUUUUUUUAUAUUUAUUCAACAUAUUUUAUUAAUACAAACUGAAAAUAUAAAAUUAAAAAAUUAUGCUUUUAAUAGGAAACAUUUCAUGCUAAAAAUCUUAAAUGAAAAAAAUAUUUUAAUAUAUCAUAGAAAAAAAUAUUUAAAUUUAAAACAAAAAAAAAAAGUAAAACGUGUGUAUUCACAAGCAUAUCUUGUUUUUGAUAUAAUAAAGAUAUUUGGGCGUAUAUCUGACAAAGAGCUAUUAGGUCACGUUAUUUCUCACAAUAAUGAGUUUAUAGAAUUAGAUAAAAAUAAAAAAAAAAAAAAGUGGGAAAUUUUAUUUGAUAAUAAUUAUAUAAAUUUCGAUUUAUUAAAAAAAUUUUUAAAAAAUAACAAAUUUGAAUGGCCAUUAACAGUUAAUUCUGGACAAAUUAAAAAUCAAGGUUCCAUUAAUAUUCCAGAAAAUUGUAGAAAAAUAAGUGAGGAGUUUAGAAAUAAAAAUAAAACCAGCAAAAUUAAUUUAAAAAUUAUAAAUGAUUAUGUUAGUGAAUUACCCAUAUCUAAUGAUGCAAUUCAAUGUGUCUUUUCUUCUUUUAGUGAUUUUGACGAUUUAACAAAAGAUCAUUUUAUAAAUAAAAUACAUGAAUGGGCUCCUUCAGAUGGUAUUGUAGAUUGGUAUACGUUUGUAUAUAAUUUAAAAGAAGAACCAUCAGAUAACAUUAAAAGAUUUUUUGAUUAA